AUGGCCAGUGCUUUAAGUAAGCGCCAGCAAGCGCGCAAUGAGAAGGCUCUCCAAGACCUUGUCCACCAUGUCCCGGGCAACAAUUUAUGCGCAGACUGUCACGCGAGGAACCCAGCUUGGGCAUCAUGGAGUUUGGGCGUUUUCCUAUGUAUGCGCUGUGCUGCGAUACACCGAAAGCUAGGGACUCAUAUCUCCAAAGUCAAGUCGCUGAGUAUGGACAGCUGGUCCAACGAGCAGGUUGAUAACAUGCGCAAAGUUGGCAACGUUACUUCGAACCAGAUUUACAACCCCGAGGGUCGAAAAGCACCGGUACCGAUUGACGCGGACGAGGCGGACUCGGCCAUGGAGCGUUUUAUUCGCCAGAAGUACAUUCAUAAUGUCGCCGUCAAGUCCGGCACGCCGCGAAGCCGAGGAUCCGACGAAGGUACACCCCCGCCGCUGCCGCCCAAGAACUCGACAAAAUUCGGAUUCAGAUCAGCUUCGUCUAUUUUCCCCCUAACGUCUCGCGCAAAGAAGGAGCAGCGAGUGCUAGGCGGUUCGAAUGGCAGCGCAGUGCCGUCCCCGACAUUGCCGAAUAAACCUUCUAGGCUUUUCGGGGCCACCGUCGAUUAUGCUGCACCGGAUGAAACCGACAAGAAACUGACAAGACUUUAUGAAAUGGGGUUUCAGGAUCCUCAGCGUAAUGCCAUCGUUCUUAAAGGUGUCAACGGCAAUCUGGACCAGGCGGUUGAGGCUUUGGUCCGACUAGGAGAAGGCAGAAAUCCAUCCCCAGCACUUAUGCCAGCGUCUCGAGAACCUACAUUGCGUGCCACAAAGUCCAUGACUCCAUUGAAUUCGAACUCAGGCUCAGCUGGGGUCGGGCUGAGCUUAAGCGUUCCGCAGAAACCGAUGCUCGAUAGACCAACGUCGUCAUCCACCACGUCUACGAAUCCCUUUGAUAUGAUGCCGCCUGCACAACCUCAAACCGCCCAGUCUACAGGCACGCUGCAUAAUAAGAACCCAUAUAAUGGCACGAACAAUCCUUUCGGAGCUCCUUCGCAGCAAGUCGAUCUCAGCCAGGCGCUCCAGGGUCUGCAUGUGUCAACGUCCGCAUCUCAUCCGACAUUCUUUCCUCAGUCUAAUGGGGUACAUCAAUUACAAAUGUCACAGCAGCAGCAACUGUAUCAGCAGUACAUGUCGCCGUCUGCUCCCGCUAGCCCUCAAAGUUAUCAACCCAUGACCUUCCAGAGCAGCAUGACAUAUCCGCAGCCGAUUUCUUCACUCCAGCAACCCAUGCAGACGGGCUACAACCCGUUCUUCUCCCAACCGUCGAGUCCAGCUCCACCGCCGCAAAAUUUGACCGUGAAAACGGCACAAGGAGGGUUUGCCAAUAAUCCGUUCUUACGAUCCCCUUCGAGAAUAGCAUCACCGCCUCUUAUACAGAUACCGGAACAGGCCCAAUCCAACUUUGCCGAGUCGCCGUUCCUGAGUACAUCACCCCAACCGCUUCCGACACCAUCGAAUCCUUUCUUUACCAACAUGCAUCAGCCGCAGCCGCAAGUACAGCAAUUUGUGCAACAAUCAUAUGCUGUUCAGCAACCCCAACAGCCGUACUACCAGAAACCCCGACAUGACAAGGCUUCGAUAAUGGCGCUAUUUAAUCAACCUGGACAAUACACCCCCAAGCCUGCAGCCACAGAGCCAACCACUGCCCACGGCAAACCAGCAACCACACAGUACGUCACAGCCAAUAACUGGGAAUACGAAUCCAUAUAUGAACCAAACUACGACCCAAUCGGAUCCUUUCGCAUCAAAUAA